CAAAAAUUCAACAUGGCUGUCUCUUGAAAUGGCAUUGGGGAUUCCUAAAAGUUUACUGAUGAACCGGGCUGUGAUAUUGUGUGUAGAGAUGAUUGCUGCUAAAGGACAGUUUAUUUUCGAUGUUGUCUUAUAAAGACACUGAGGUGGACGGGAAUCAGACAUUGAGCAGAGAAAUCAUGGCAGCCGUAGCCAUAUUCAGCUGCCGCCCAAACUCAAACUCAUUCCAAGAGCGGCACAUGUCUCUACACGAACCUGUCAAAAUAGGGCGCGCCGUUGCUCGAACACGAUCAUCUCCUAAUAAUGGGAUAUUUGAUUGUAAAGUUUUGUCCAGAAACCAUGCUCUGCUGUGGUAUGAGAAUGGAAAGUUUUUCCUUCAAGACACCAAGAGCAGCAAUGGUACAUUUGUCAACAACCAGCGCCUUAGUAAAGGAUCUGAGGAGAGUCCGCCGAGGGAAAUCUUUUCAGGGGACUUAAUUCAGUUUGGCGUAGAUGUGAUGGAGAACAACAGACGAGGUGAAAAAAUUACACAUGGCUGUAUCAUAGCCCAGGUUACAUUGUUCCAUGCAGAUGGAAGAGAAGCCAAAUCUCUUCCCUUUCUGAAUCAAGUCUGUCCUUCUGGCACAAGUGUACAAUCUCAGGAACUCUAUCAACUUGCCCAUUAUCUACAGGAGGCAUUACAUAGAGAACAAAUGUUGGAACAGAAGCUUGCUUCAUUACAAAAACUGAUACAAAAUACUCAAGAGGCCUCAGAGAGUGGUUGGCAGGCCUUAAUAGAUGAAGAUCGAUUGUUAUCACGGCUGGAAGUGCUGGAGAGCCAGCUUCAGAUGUAUUCAAAGAAUCAUUCUGAAGACACGUUACGACAAGAACUAGUGGCUCUGCAGGAAGAUAAGCAUAAGUAUGAAACGACAGCAAAGGAAUCUUUGCGGAGAGUACUUCAGGAAAAAUUGGACGCAGUGCGAAAACUUUCAGACUUGGAGAGAUCAUUAGGGAACACAGAGGAUGAGUGCAGUCAGCUGAAGGAGUCAUGUGAAGCAUCUCAAAAGGAGCUUCAAUUGCUGGCAGAAAAGUAUGACGACAGACGGAAGGAAGUCAAAGAGCUUCAAGAAAAGUUACAGGAAGCCGAGAGGAAUCAUGAAGAGGAACGAGAACGGGUCGAGCAGGAAAAACAGGAAUUACAGGGAAAGCUGGAUGAAAUGGUGAAACAAGAGGCAGCCUUGUCAGCAAAGGUUGAAUCCUUACUAGCUGACAAUGAUUUCACCAAGCAGCAGCUUUCAGCUGUUAAAGCCAAGAUGGAAGCUCUCAAAGAGAAAAGUGAUGAAAAUAACAAAAACGAACUGGAUACUGAUGGUUCCAACGUUGAAAUCAUUCCACUUAACCCCAAAGACCAAGAGAGUAUGGACCUUGAAGAAAAACUGCUAGACGUACAAAAACAAAUAGAAGAAUACAAAACAAAACUUGAAACAUCAGAAAACAAGUUGCGGGAAAGUGCUGACCAAGUAGAGCAGCUCCAAAAGGAACUUGCAGUAGCCAAACAUGAUUCUAAUCAGUACAUGGCCAGGAUAGCCUCAUUGGAAGAAAAGUUAAAGCUGUCAGACAUUCACAUGAACCAGAUGGUGGAAUCAACAAUGGCAGAUAUAAAUCUUCAACUGAAAGAAACGAAUAGACAGAAGGAUAGCAGCUUUCAUCUUAUGAAGGACUUACAGGACCAAGUCUCUGACCGAGAAUCAGAGCUAUACAAGUUCUCAUGCAUGAAGGGGGACACAACUCUGGUCAGCAACAGCUUAAUGGAGUCCAUGCCAGAAAAUAUCUCUCACAAUGGUGUUCAGAAUCAUACAUCAAACCCACACAAAGGCGAUAUUGAACAUCUCAAUGCUUUAUUAAGAGAAACGAGAGAAACACACAAGAACACAGAACAAGAAUUAGCACAGUGUAAAAGAGAGCUGGAAGAGGCAAGGUUAAAGUUAUUAAAAUCAACAGAAGAAGCAGCUUGGUUGAAGGAUCAGCUAUUAGAUGCCCAGAACCAGGCAAAAGCUAAAGGGGACAUGGUGCUAGACUUACAGGACCAAGUGAAGAAAGCUGAUGUAACCACAAAAGAGGUUAAGCAGCAGAUUUUAGAUCUGAGAGCAGAGCAUUUGGCGGAAGAGCAAAGUCAUAAACGUCGUAGGCAAGAGGUGACAUCCAAACUAACUCGUGAUCUCAAUUCGCUAAAAUCAGAAAAGAGGAAGGCUUCAGAAGAAAUAGUUGCAGCUAAGCGUGAACUUGCUACUGAAAAAACAGAAAAGAAGAAGGUCUCAGAGGAACUAGUUACAACUAAAUGGCAGCUACAGGAAGCACAGCAGACAGCAAAGCAAAGUAAAAAUGAAGCAGAACAACUUAGAAAUAAAGUGAAAGUUCUCCAAGAAGAACUGGAAAAGUCUAAGCCUCAGUCCCACGGGAGAGCAUCCUUACAUACUGAAACUCAAAAAACCAGCACCAGCAGAAAUAAAGAGUUUGCGGCCUUAAAAGAAGAAUGCUCUAACUUGAAGAAGAGAAUACAGGCAAUAGAAGCUGAGAUGAGAAUGUCACGGAAGGAGAACCUGCAACUGUCAUCAGACUAUAACAAGUUACAAGAAUCUUACAAGGAGCUGGAGGCCCUCAAGGAAAAGCUAGAAAACAAGGAGUUGACGUGGAUGCUAAAUCUCACUGAUGCUCAGAAAGAUGCAGAGCAGGCCAAAAUGGAGGUGAGGAAUCGAGGAACGGCGUUACCAGCGGGCAGUAACGGAGGCCAGCUGACCCUGGCCAGAAGAGAGAUAGUCACCUUAGAAGAGAAGAUUACAGAAUACAAAGCAGAAAUAUCCCGGCUGCACGACAAGCUUGACUCAAUGUCAGCUGAGUUCCAACAAGUAGCGGAUCGCAGUAAAAUGUUGUCCUUGUGUUCGAGCCUCCCAUUACUGGUCCUUAUGUUCGCCAUUCUAUUGGCGCUCUAUCCAAUGCUUGCUGAGAUAACUUUCACAACCUCAUGAUUACGGGUCAAGGGAUGAAUCUCCAGUGCCCUCCUCAGCUUUGAUCUUAUAGACUGCAAUACAUCUGUACAUAGAUACCUCCUCCCAGCUCCUUCAUUGGCUUGAAGACCCAUGGCAAAUCACGACACAGCGCACAGCGACGUCAUGCUCAACAGCACAUCAUUAACCCAUGAAAGGAGUGGUGUGAUGUCCGGUGUGGAAAGUAUCUCAGGAGUACAACUGCUUCAUUUGCUUGACCCAUUCAGUGGUCACUCCACUGUGGUGUAUGGCUUCAAGCUCCAGGGGCAUUACUGGUGAAGCCUCACAGCCAACAGCUGACUGAAGGUUUAGGCCGAAUCCCAAAUAUUUAUUGCAGAGUUUCUCAGCCUCUUGUGUUCCAACUGAUACAUGUUGCUAAUGAUGAGCAUGCACAUGUAUGUGUGGGUUUGAAAAACAGUCUUGUCUAUUAUAAGACUGAAUAUAUUUAUUAAUGAAUGAGUAGACUGCUUGGUGUAGGAGAAAGAUUUCAUGUGCACUACGAAUCAACUGACUUCAGAGACUCCUAUUAUGGGGCCAUCAUCAGCAUUAUCUGAACCAUGAGUCAGCAAUCUGUUUAUUUCAUAAUUAUUCUGAAAACUGUGUACAAAACAGAUACAAAGAACCUUGUGAAAAACAGCACUAUAUCAGCCCGAACUGAAUCCGAAAGUGGCCCUAAAACAAGAACACAUUCUUGGAUGCAGCAGUUUUCCUGUUGAAAGUGUGAAUUCUGUUUGGAAAUCAAAGACAUCCAGUGUGUCAUAGAUUGGCUGAAUUUCAUUUCACGGUUUGAUUUGAUCUGUUAAACUGUGUUUUGCAUGAUGCAAGGCUUCCCCCUUUUAUUGCUGUGCUUUUGCAGUGAUCCCAAUCUGACGGCUUUAUUUACUUGUUUACAGAAGCUGAGAUAAAGGCUUGAACGUGGACUGUCCAAUUAGCAGGCAAGAAAAUCUGGCUUUUCUUCUCUGUUCAGUUGAGUGUUCCCUUUACUAGAAUUGUCCUGAUUGGGAAGCCAUGAUGUCUUGUGUAGUAUUUAAUAUCUGUUGCAGGAAGACAUUUCUGUAUUGUGCUUUCUUCCAGGAAGAUAGUUCACCAUGGAAUAUGUAUAAAUAGUAUGUAUAUUUCUAGAUAACUAGAGAUUUAUUACUUCUAUUAUAGCAGCAGGGUAUUUAAUGUAAGUAUAUCAUAUGUUAUUCUCCGUUUGAUAGCUGGAUUCAGAUAUGCAUGUAACCUAUUGACUAGGAUAAGGUAGUGCCCCUGAACCUGUACAAAAAAUUUUGUAUGCAGGCUGUACACACCAGUUGUAUUAUAUUUGUACAUAGAAGUCCACCAAAGGUGUAUAAUACACACUGUAAAUUUAGCACAGAGUGGAAGUGUUUUCAUCCUCUCUGUUAACUUUUGUUUGUUGAAGGUUUUGUUUGUAUAUUUUCAGAAUCACUUGUAUAGGUAGAAGUUAUUUUGUACAAUCUUAACGAUUUUGUUCAUACAGGUUGAGUGUUUCCUGCUUGAUAUUAACAGUGCUAUUCUAUAUGAUUUAUGAUUCCUUCUAUGUGUAUGACAAGAUAUAUGUUUGGAGUGACAAAAUCACGUGACUGAAGUGGCCGGUGCUACAGGUUGUUGGUGUGUAGUACAUUGAUGCACCGGCAUUUCUGUUACCAGCAUAAUCAAACCUAUGUGACAUGUCAUCACAUAAUUGAGAAUCCAUUCUUCACGAAAGGCAGACAGAUUGGUGAAAUGUAUUGUCAGAGAAAAAAGUGUCCAAGACUUCACGAGACUAUCAAAAGUUUUCAUUAAUGUCCUUUUAUCUUACUUACCCGAGCAUUGUGUUUGUAGGAUACUUGCCUAGAGCUUUGUCACUGCAGCAAAGUUUCAGGUGUCUUAAGCAUUUAAAAACUCGUCUUUUUUCUUCUUCUUUUUUGGUGAACCCUCAUCAUAUUAACAUGGAAGUAUCAAGUACUUCAGUUUCGUAUCAGCCAUUUGUGUGAGCUGUUUCGAUGUUGUUACCUUAACCCUCCUGUCCUGCCAUAAUUAAGCUACUACUUUCGGCAACUGGAACGGUAUGAAUUCCUAUCACUCUGAUGUGAAGGAUGUUUUCAUGUGAAGACAAUUUUGGAGAGCAUCACUGACAAGGGCUUUCCAGACUUAAAAAAGUUUCAAUCUUUUACAUGACCGUUCAACUCAAAGAAUGAUUUUUCCUGUGAUUGGCUAAGCAAGGAAAAUACCGGUGGUGUUAAGACCUGUGUUUAGAAGGUGCUUGUAUUUAUAUACUUAACUAAAAUAGCAUAAUUUUGUCAUUUUCAUUUUCCAAUUGUAAUCACAGUUUCUUUUAAACUCUGUCUCAGAGAAAACCAUUCUUUCAGACUGCCAUGUUGGUUUUGUUUAGCACUCUGUAAAGGCAACUUCUCGGGAGUUCCUUACUGCCCAUGUCCAGUUCUACCUCUAAAAAUUUAGAAUGUUUUGCUGAUGUCUUUGAAUCCUAUGCCUAACUUUGUCUCUGUUUAUCUCAGCUUUUUUGAAAAUAGCCUAAUAGCCACUAAUAGCUCCAGCAGUAUAACACAAUAAAACAAGUAAGAAGCAGA